CGAUUUUCGAUCGAUCGCAACGAUACUGUUUUCAUAUCCAAUGUUAAGAUCUUUUCAGUAAAUAAAUUUACGACAAAAGAGCAUACGAAGAACAAUUCUAAAAUAUUUGUGAAACAUAAAUAUUUGCAUAGGUGUUACAGAAGUGAUAAAAAAAAAUGAAAGAUGUCUCGGAAAUAAUCGGUUUUCGAUCACAUUUCGGUCGAAAUGUUGGCGUGCUCUUUGGUACAAUAGCGUCAAUUUAUAUCGCAACCAAAGGCAUUCAGUAUAUCAGCAAGAAAAUCACCGACAAAAAAAAGAUCACAUCAAAAAAGUUGUCAUCGUCGGCAGAUAAUCUCAACAUAGAUUUAAACUCCAAUAUAACACAACCAGAAGUGAGAAGCGUGUGUCAGAGAAAUUCAAUUCAACAAGCAGAUCCAUUUGAUUGUUGCUCCGUUUGUCAGAAUCCAAUCAACAUUGCUGUUUCCGAUCGUGCCGAAUCGAUAAUUGAAAACAUUGUGUCGUGUCGCCAUUGCUUGUUGCAAACAUGUAAAAGUCCACAAUGUUCAAUUUGGUUGCAAGAGCAAAAUUGCUGGGAAUGCAGCAAUUGCCAUCAUUUCGAUUCGGUUGUGUAUGUACAAGCAUAUGACUGGAUUUUUGACCAACUGAACCAACGAUUUGAUGCAAAAUCAAUUGAUGCUCAUGUUAAAAAUAUACCGCCAAUAAAUGAAAUCGAUGCAACACUGGAAGAUGAUGUUAUGUUGAAGUUAAACGACGAAACAUCACCAAUUCCACUUCAACAACGAGUUCGCGUACGGGAAUUCAUUGAAGAUCUGCUUGCAUCUAUGCUGGGUGGCACACUGGACAAUGUGUGCGUUGGACAAAUUUAUAAGAAUUUGGAAUAUUUGAAAUUUUUUUUAUUGUUCCAUUGCGAAUUAAGCACAACCAUUUAUAAGUUGGAAGUUUCAUUACAUCAAGCAUUGUCAUCCGAUUUACCGAUAUUAGAACACGACAAAAAUCCCGGUGUGUCGUACGAAAAUUUACGAAAAAUUGUACACACCAUUGUUCAAGAAGUGAUCAAAUUACCGGAGUUUUAUAAUCAAAAAGGAUUCUCUAGUGUUGAUGCCAAUCAAGUCAAAUCAUCAUUCGAGCCGAAAAUCUAUGAAGACUUACUUGCUACGGCAGUCAUAAAUAAGAUUGUGGAAACGUACAACGAUAAAAAGUACGAAAAUAGUUCGGGUAUACAUUCAGGAGGCUCAGAUUUGGAUAGCAGUUGCCAUAUCGAUCAAACGAAUCCUAAUUUCAUUUUAAAUUCACGUUGCAGUUCAACCGAAUUGAAAAGUGAAUACAGUGCAUUUAAUGAACGUUUUCGUUCACCGUCAAUGAAGACGGCUGAUAUAAUUGAUGAAAUAUUCCGUGAGAAAUUGGGCAAAGAAAAUUAUCAAUCAUCAGCUUCGGCGUCGGCAAGCGCUCAUAGUGAAUUAAGCGAUUAUAUUCAGAAUCAUAGGAUUUCGUUGCCAAACUUUGAAUUUAACGAAAACGAUAUCGAAGACGACGACUCCGAGGAAAUCGAACAGGAAUUUCAAUCGAUUUAUGCAAAUAGCACUGGAUUCGAAACAAAUUUCAACGACAUUUCUGAUAAUUGGCUGUUCCGUAAGGUUGGAUCCGGCAACUGUAUGAACGGAUCGACAAGUAGCAUAGUAUCAGCAUCAUCCCCAGUUGGUAUGCUUGUACCCUCACCAACACAAGAUUGUCGAACAUUAAUUGGCAAUCGAAACGCAGACGAAAUUAGCGAUCUUUCCGAAAAUGGUUCUGACAUUGAGUCAUUGCACGCUGAACACAGUGACAAUGAUUUGAAGCGCAGCCGAUUAAAUGCAUAUGAUUUACCACAUGUUUUAGUUGAAAGUAAAACACUGAUUGGUGGAAAAAAUGAAAUGAAUUCGUUUGAACAAAGCAAAGCGGCUCUCAUUGAUCUACUUGAACCCGAUAGUUUAGUUUCUGAACAGUCUUUGACCGGUCAAAGUCCAGCCAUUUCAGAAGCAAAAAAUAACCUCAUUCUCAUUGAAGAUCGAACCACCGCAAUUGCAUCAUCGUUAACUAAUAAACGAUUCACAACCAUGGAUAACAGUAUUCGAAGUGUGCAAGACCAAAACUCUGAUCUGCUCAUUAAAUUCGAUUCACUUGAGGCGUACGAAUCAGAUGACACACAUACGUUGAAUGAAAAUGAGAAAAACCAAAGAGAAUAUGAUCCAUACCACGAAGAGGAUAUAAAUCGCUUCACUGAUGAAUGCGGUAGCUCAAGCACUGUGGCUGCUGACACAAUUACAAAAAAUGACGAUCGAAUUUCGUUGAAAAUGUUGUCAUCGUUAAAUGUAAAUGAAGAAUUUAAUGAUUCGUUGGAAGUGAAUACGACCGACAGAGAUUCUGUUCAAGAUAUUGAUGACGAUAUUAAAGGUGAACCAUUUGAUAUCGUUGAACAAGACUCAUUAGAAACGACAAAACUGGAUGUAAUCACAUCGAAUAACAAUGUGCCAGAGUUUCUUCCGUUUGCUCAAAUCGGAAGUAGUUGGUCAAAUGAUGAGUGUCCAGCACAAAACAGUACUUCUGAGUUUAGCUCUAGCACUAAUCAAUUAGUUGAAAUCGAUAAAAUAAAUAACAAAACUAACGAAUUCGAUGAUCAAACUAACAAUACAAUUACCACUAACCAAUCAGACAAUCAAGACUAUCGAGAUUUACCAGGAUCGAUUGCCGAAAGAGAGCAUAUGAAGUGGCAAAAUGCUGUUGAGCUUCCGAAUAAUCCAUAUUCGGCGGAAGCGCUACAACGCCGAUUGAGUCAAUCGUCGAAUACAAAAUUCCUGGAUAUCGAACGAUUAACUGGAAAGUGUGAAACAAAUAUCAAAAGUACCCAGUUAAAUACCACAAAUCAAACCAAGGCCAAUGCACCAAUCAAAGUUGUAUUGAAUUCAAAUAGGAUGGAUUCAGAGAGAUACCGCCGAGAUUAUUACAUAAAUGAUGCGAAAAGCGCUUCUGGUUCACGGGCUCUGAAAACUAGUGGUGAUCUUAAUCGCCACCGUACCAUUGACGACGAUGACGACGACAAUAAUGCUGACGACUAUGAUGAUGACAAUAAUGGCUACAACACCCUGGACAAUGAUACGAACGAUGAUAGUUUGCAUAUUGGCGAUAUAGAAGUGGUAUCGACAACACAAACUCAACAGACUUACUCUAACCACUUGGAAAAUCAGACAGAAACAUUGCGUAAAGUGCAACCAAUACAAGUGGACGAAAGUGAUCCGAUUCUCAACAAGGCAACAAAACUAGAUCAUUUAUGUACCGAAGAUCGUGACUAUUUUUUAUUACAAAGCAACACGGUUACAGCUGAAGAGUACGCAAAAUUAAGUUUAGAUUCGGAAACAACUGACGAUAGCCACGUACAGCAAUUAUCACUGCCACAUUGUGACGACAGUUUGUCAACAACGGUGAGCGAAGAAUCUGAAUGUACGGCUGCCGUUCGUGUAUACGAUUUAAAUAAGCGCGAAACGAAAAUUUUGCGUCACGAUAUAAUCAAACGAUCACGCAAUCCAAUCGGCGGCGAAACAAUUAAUUCAUUUGAUAAUUUUGGAAAUUGCUGCAGUGAAACAUACACCAAAGAACGAAGCGAUUCACCGCUUCAAACAACCAUUAAACAAUUGAACAGUCGUUUAUUGGAAAACGUAAACGAAACACGCAAACCACCGAGAUCACCAACCAAACUUAAAUCAACACACUUGAAUCGAAAUCCACGAAAACUUAAAAUGUCCGACGUUCAGUUGAUGAAUGAUGCCUUUGGCACAAGCUUGGAUCCAAAAAUUAUCGACGAAUUGAAGCGAAAAAAUGGCGAAAUUGAUGAAGUUGAGUCAACAAAUGUGACUCACGAUUUUGAUAAGAAUUUAAUAAAUGCAACCGAACAACUAUUGGAUAAAGAGCGUGAAUUCAGUAAAGUGAGUAAAGAAUUCGAUGAAGAAAUACAGUGCCAAGAAUCAGAUAUUAAACAACAAUCAGAUGAAUCAACCGUGUCUGAUUGUGAAAAUGCACAAAAUGUGUUAGUCAAUGCAAGUGCCAAUUGUGAAUCAACAAAUACAACAAAUGUGCAAGAUGAUAAUGAAAAUAUUGAAAAUAACUGCGUCACAACCGAAUGUGAAACGAUGGAUUUGCUGACGUCGCAUAGUCAAACGACAAUUGAAUCGCCCGUGCCCAUAUCGAACAAUCAAAUUCAAAGUCAAGUGACAAAUUAUGAACGAAAUCACGAGGUUAUAGUUCAAGUGAAUGAACAUAAAGAAAAAUCGGUCAUUGAAGAAGAUGUUAUAGGUGCGUUACCAUCUGUCAAAGAGCUCGCCCGAACAUUUUCAACAAAAACAAACACCGUACCAGAGAAAUUGCAUCGCCCAAAGCGAAAACUAACUAAUCAGAUGGCUUGGCGUAGCUCGUACAAUGGGUCCAACAACAAUGACGUUAAUGUCAAAGAUCAAAAUGGAAAUGAUUCAUCAUCGAAUGCACCUCCGAACUUUAACCAUUCAUACCAUCCAAUGGCGCCUGGCUACAGCAUUACGGCUCGCAGCUUAUCAACGAAAUUUCGCGAAGAAUUAAAGAAUGCAACAGAUGAAGGCCGUUCAUCUCCGGAACGGCCCAGCAGCCCCGUGCUGGUGCCUGGCAUUUUGAAAAAUAACGUCGCAUUUUUCGAAAAUUUGCGUAACAAAUAGAUGAAAUCAUUUGUAAAACAAUGUAAAAUGGUUCCCAUAUUCCAUUUAUAACAAUUGUUCGAUUUUACAAAUUUGAUCAAUGAUAAUAAAAACGACAAUGAAGCUGGUAUCAGAAUAGACAGCACUAGUUUUCAAACAUGCAUACAAACAUACACAUAUACAUACACGCGUACAUACAGAAUACAUAAAUACAUACAAAAUAACAUAUUAUUAGCAUAUUAAAGAGAUAGAAAAAACUGAUUUACAAUCGUCAAGUAAAUUUACAAUAUUUUUAUGGAAAAUAAAAGUUUUGCAACAUUCAUGUGUAUCUUAAUGUUGAAUCUUUCAAUUUGGAA